GGCCAGCAUUGAACGCAGAAAUCAUGCAAGCAAAUGUCCUCUGCUUGUUGGGGCUGGCCCUAACCCUGACCGCGUGCUGCGGUGGUUCGGAAUAUUCGCGCGAUGAAAGCAGAGAAGAGGCGAAAACAGUAUUCAACUUGGCCUCCACGCUGACUGGCGGUAUUGAGAGCAACCGCCACCACGCUCGGGCCAGCGUCAAUUCGCAGCUUUAUCCAUAUGGUCGUCCGGUGGCGCAACAACAGCCCUGUGCCACGUGUCCGAGCACUACGUAUGGCGCAGCCGACAUUGACGAGCCGCACGGUCACGAGCGCAGCGAGAGCGCCAAUGCGAGUGGUUUGGAUUUGCGCGGCGCUACAGCAAGCCAUCCCGUGGGACCACCACAGCAGGUGCCGCAGGACUUUGGUUAUCGCGCGGAUGCAAUACCCCCGCAAGGACUUGGGUAUCCGGCAGGCAGGCCACUGCAACAGCCACCACCGGGAUAUGGUUAUUCCGAGGGUGGGAAUCGCAUAGGUGCGCCACCCCAGCAGCCACCGCUCGGCAUUGGAUAUCCUGCGCAACUGCCGCCUGGUGACUACGAAUCUUCUCUCCCUUUAGCGGGCCACUAUCCCGCCAGGGCACCACCUCAGCUAACUAAUCCGCAGUUCUAUCCGGGGCAAUAUUUGCCGCAGUAUCCGCAGCCCUAUCCGCCACUUGUACAAUAUCCGCAGUACCUAGGCUACGGCCCAGGCGGCGUACCAGUCACCACAGCAGGUGGUGCAGCGCCACCGUUCAGCUACCAGAACCACCAUCGCUAUCCCUCCCACAAUCCACACGUACGCGAUCAUUGGGACCACGAAUUCAAAAUGAGCACCGAGUACAAGGAGGAUGGCGUGCAUAAGGGACCCUUUGAUGUCCUGAACAAUCACGGUCCUUUUGGCUUUGGCAGCGGCUACGGCGGUGGCUACAACGGCGCCUUCAACAGGGCCGGCAUUUGAGCUGCAAGAUGCAAACACCGUUAGCAUAGUUUUUUGUGGAAACCUACCAUUGUAGCAUCUCAUGAGGCAGCUGUCACUGUGAAAUAAACUUGAUUUUUGCACGCCCCAUGAGCGCUAAACCAAA